AUGUCGGCACGCUGGAAGUGGUCGGCGUUGGCUAAAAAACCCGCCACGGCCGCUGUCAGUGCCGCGGCUCCGCUGAGCGCCAGGGCUCCCCGUCUGGCUCGCCCGCAGCCGGCGGCUCUGCCUGCGGUCCCCUGGGACACGAAGCGCACGCCACAGCCCCUGGAAAGCCAUCUUGAACCGGGAAGGAGAGUCAGCGGCUUGCUGCUGCAGCUGCUGGGGGACAACGUCAAACGUGACGCCGCCGAGCUGGCGAGCCUCUUGAAGUGUGACAUCGAGCAUCGCCGCUUCUUCUUCUUCUUUAGGGGUCUCGACUUUGACGACUUGGAAGCAGAGAUUGUCAAGGAACUGGAGGAGGAGGACAAACGGAAGGGAAAGAAAAAAAAACCCAAAAGCCGCAAGGAGAUGAGAGGCAAGAAAACACCGGAGCUGGAAGAAGAUGAAGAGCGCUGGCCCUCGCCUAUGGAGCCAUUAGAGUACGACCCAGACGGAGACAGCCCCAUUAGGUCGUCGCCUACAGCGCCCCCACCGGAUGACCAGACAGACGAGGAGAAGAAGUACAUUCUGGAGAAGAUCCAGCAGGCCAAUCGAGACCUGCACGACCAAGAAACUCCAGACAUGGCGAGACUGGUGGACCUGGUGGUGCCUCCGCGGCAAGACGGGAACUCUGCUGAGGUGGGAAGGCUACAAGGGAACCAGGAUUCAGAGGCCGAGGUUUCAGGGAAGCUUUCCGAGCUCAAGCUUUGCUCUCGCAAGGAAAGCGUAGGACCUGGCAAAGCCGGAGGGGGGGCCAGCGAGGAGGGGGUGAAGGAGGGUAGAGUCCUGGUAGAGAAGGACGGUAAGUUUGAUUUGGUGAGUCUGAAAGAGGUGGAGAGUCAAGGACUCCUGCCUCCUCUGACGAGGGACCACUCGUCCCAACGCCAUCAGCAGCCCACCGUGAGCACCUCCGCCAUCCAGCGAGGGAUGGAUCCCCCCCGGGCCCCCAAACCUCCCGCUCAGCCCAGGAACAGGCCCAGCUCGGCCAGCCACAGCCAGAAAGGCAACCAGGGGAGAGGCAGCAAGCGGCGGGUGCAGUCGGCCUCGGGGACACCCUGCCAGGCCACCUACAGCCUGUCCCCGCAGCAGAAAGACCUGGUGCACAGGAUCCACCAGAGGAAGGAGAAACACGGCCGCCAGGAGGAGCAGCGCAAACGGGAGGAAGGGGAGCAGAAGAGGCAGGAAAAUGAGCUGGCGUUUAAGGCGUGGCUGCUGAGAAAGAGAGAGCGGUUACAGGGGGAGAAACGGCUCCAACGAGCCCAAGAGAUGGAGAAGAUGAGUGCUAAGAAAGACGGCAGCGACUCGGAGGACUCCUUCCGCCUGUGGCUCCAGAGGAAGCAGGAGCAGCAGCAGAGAGAGCGGCAGCUGGCGGAGCUCAAGAGGAUGGAGGAGGAAGAUGGAGACCUCCUACGGAGCCGCGCCCAGUGUGAACGCGCCUUCAAAAGGUGGCUGAAGCGGAAACGGGAGGAGAAGCGGGCGGAGAAGCAGGCGCAGAAGGGCGCGGCUCGGGAGCGCGCGCGCAUGUUGGUGCUGGAGGAGCGACGCGCGCGACGCUUGAGGGAUCUGCUUUGUUCCAUCAAUGAAACCAGGCCGUUCCGGUUCUCCGAGGCGCUGACCUUCCGCUUCUGAACGAGCGCUUCAGGGACACGAGCGUCUUUAAAAAAGACGAAAAACCCGCCGAACGGGGGCCCACGUGGUUCAUUCGGUGUUUAGUUGUUGCUAUGGUUUUGGUUGAUCACGUGUCAAGUCGCAUUCAUAAAAAGUAACCGUUUACCUCAGUGUGAUGAAAAUGUAUUGAGUGAAGCAUUAUUUUAUUUUUAUUUGGAAAAUGCACUUUAGUUUAAAUGAAGCCUCUUCAGAAAGAAGCAGGGCUGUGCGGCCUGAAUACACCAGCUGAAGCAUUUGGUACCAGGAGGUAACAUAACCAGGACAAAAUGAAUCAACUAAAAGUUACAUAAAGGGUGAUGGAGAAAAUCAAAUAUAUACAUAUUUUGACCUAAACCCCUCAAUAUCAAUAAUGCAAUGAUAUUUGGUGGGUUUCAUAAAUAACUAGAAAAUGCAUUUCCUGCUGAAAAUGCGUUGGAAUGCAAAAAGCUGAAAUUAAUUUCAAAAUGUUGCUUAAAAUGCAACAAGCUGAAAUUAUUCUAAACAGUGCUGAAAUAGAAAAAGCUGAAAUACAUUUAAAAAUUGCUGAAAAUACAGAAAUGAACUUGAAAGAACAGAAAUGGGGGAAUCUUCUAUGAAUUUGACAAAAUACAGAACUAAAAAAAGCUUAAAUUACUUCUAAACAUUGCUGAAUCUUUUUCAUUCAAACUUAAUGAACUUGGUAAAUGGACUUGUACACCGCUUUUCUAGUCUUCUGACUAUUCAAAGCGCUUUAAUACUAGAUGACAUCUCUCACCCAUUAAUACACUGAUGACACAACCUACCAUACACAGUGGCACCUGCCCAUGUGCACAGAAUAAACAAGACCGGAGAAGAUCCUGGCAACAAGUCAAAAUAAAAUAUAAAAACAUUUUGCAUGGUUGGUGAGUGCCUCAAAAGUUUGCAAAUAGUGUAGAAAUUACUGAGAGCUUCGUGGCGGUCCCAUCAAAAACGCCCCUGGAUACUUCCGGAUAAGUUAACCGUCAUGUUUUGAUGACGUCAUAGAGAUGCGCGGUUUUGUGAAAUAAAGAUGGACGCAUACAGCGGCAAUGACUAAUAUAAGUACUACGUGUUUCACAAUUAAAUGUUAGUGGACACACACAAAUACUACAGCCCCCAUCUCGAUUACAAUUGUUCACUCCUCAGUGCGCAGUUUCGCCCACCAGCGG